GAAGUAGGCGGCUGUCAGAUUCGACAAAUCAAACGUCAAACUUUUUUUCCACCAAAACGUCACAACUUCGUCGCAACAGUGAAACGUGUUAACUACAAAAGGAAGGUUUUUCUUCGAUUUCCGAGGUUUCUGAGGUGCAGCGAUGCAAAAUUACAUUCUCGAAAACAUUCGAACGAGGCGAGCGCAUCUUAAUACAAAAUGCCACUGCUUGUAUGGACAUUUUUUCCUCGGCCUUUCCCGAUCCCAGCUGGCUGUUAUUUACUCGAAAUCUAAGACAACUAUCAGCUCUUGGAUCGCUGAUUAUGAACGAGAAGGGACGCUUCAAAAAACUAAGAAAAAUCCGGCGCUGCGAAAGUUCGACUGUUACAAACGGCAAUGGCUCGUUCAACAGUAUAAAAUAAACCCAAUAAUGUAUCUUGACGAGGCUUGCCACAAAUUCAAGUUGCAUUUUGGGGUUAGCAUUAGUGCAGCAUCCGUUUUAAACAUUCUUCACGAAAACAAUUUGUCGUGGAAAGUCUUAGAACGACGAGCGAUCCAGAUUAAGGAGGACGACAUUUUUAGAUACGUGCGAGAGUUAAGGUGUUUUAGGUGGGAUUUAUUUAACUUAGUAUUCUUAGACGAAUCUGCAUUUUUGAAUAAUGAAAUGCUUCGUAAGCACGGGUACGGUACGGUCGGAGAAAGUUUGGUAUUUAAGGGGGAAUUCAGACGACUACCCAGAGUGUCAUGUUUGACUUUUCUUGGCCAAAAUGGAGUUAUUGAAAACUUUGAAACUGAAGGCACGUUUACACGCCAAAAAUUUUUUGAGUGCGUUAAAAGAAUGGCGCUCCAUCACAGUGAAAUCCGCGCCUAUCCGGGAAAGUUUUCGGUCUGGAUUAUGGAUGGGGCGCGGAUUCACUGUGAUGAGUUCAUAAUUAAGUACUUACGAUCGUUGGGCAUCAUUCCCAUCUUCCUCCCUGCCUAUUGCCCCCAAUUCAAUCCAAUUGAAAUCGUAUUUGGAUUGAUUAAACGAUCUCUUCAGCGUAGUUAUAAAGAGAAUAGUAAAAUUCCGCUAAAUGUUACGGUUAACGCUGAACUGACAAAAUUUAUUCAGUACGAUUGCACAAAUAUAUUUAAAAAGUGCGGGUAUAAUGCUGGUGGAGUUUUUGAUGCUAAAAAGCAAUAG